UUAUCGGUGACAAUGAUUGGUGGUAUGCUGCAUGUAUCUGCAACAAGGGAGUUGUUGCAUAUUCCAAAAAGUUUUUCUGUCCAAAGUGUAACAACAUAUUUGGACAAUUGUGCCAAGGUAUCGUGUCAAACUUAGAGUAAUUGAUGAAAUAGACUCUGCUACUUUCAUGCUUUUUGAUCGUGAUUGUAAUUUGCUGACCAAGAUGACAUGUUCUGAUUUGAUUACUGAAAUGGAUCGGGAAGAUGAGCCAACAAUUAUGCCUAGAGUUAUUGGUGGUUUUAUUAAACAAACCUUUCUAUUUAAGAUAGAUGUCAAAAAUGAUGUGAAAUCUGGAUUUAAACAUUCAUUUCGCGUCAAAAAUGUUUGUGCCGACAAAGAUAUUAUCACUAAGUUCAAAUAUGUUGUGAAGGUGGAUAAAACUCUCUUACACGUGAGUUCAUUUUGUUUUUUGUGUAAUAUGUGAGUGUCAUGUUCGUUCAU